UGGGUCCGCCAUCCCCAUUUGCGAACGGGCACCGCGACGGGAGGGAUCGGGCCAGCCAGCCACGCCGCGCCACGCCGCGCCACGCCACGGCACCACCACCUGUCGGCAACUGGAGUGAACACACCUGCAGGCGUGCCGCGCGCAGCCGCGCGCCAGCGGUGCUGCUCACAGCCCGCGCCGGCGGACAGAGGGACGCGGACAGCGCGCAGCGUAGACGGACAGCCCCCGCGGUGGCGGACAGCGCGCGAGACAGCCCUGCUGCACCUCGCGGCCGGCGAUGCUGAGCCACUGCCGCCGCGCCUGACGGGAAACCAGCAGGCUACUCGCGUGGCCCGAUGUUGGAGAGCUCCCGACAAGCAGGAAGCGCCUCCAGGAUGUACAGCCUCGUGCUGCUACUGGCCUUGGUGUGCGUGGGAGCUUCGGACAUGGCCUCGGACAUGACCUCGGACAUUGCCUCGGACAUCGUCCAAGACACCUUCGUGGAUCCACCCUACGAGGCCGGCGUCGAAGUCGCGUCCGAGGGCAACGCGGAGGAGGGCCCGCUCAUGAGGAGCCUCGCCAAACUGUGCCGCCUCAUCGACACGGAAGGACCUCCAUGCGACGGGCUGCCGGCCUCGGCGCCAACCUCAGCGGAGGACGAAGAGGACGCCCUGGACAAGGAGGUCCACCUGGACUCGACAGACGAGCACGACGAGAGCGCCGAACAAGUCAGCGUCGAGGCAGACAAGAGAGCGUUCGCCAGCUGGGGAGGCAAAAGAGCGCCUUCAUUCAACAGCUGGGGAGGUAAACGAGCCUCAUUCAACAGCUGGGGAGGCAAACGAGCUCCAGCUUUUAACAGCUGGGCGGGGAAGAGGGAGUCGUUCAAUAGUUGGGGAGGGAAACGGGCGCCAGCAUUUAACAGCUGGGCGGGAAAGAGGGCUUCAUUCAAUAGUUGGGGUGGGAAACGGGGAGGCUCCCUGGUUUAUCGGUUAUGGGGUGGAAAGUGGAUACCAACUGUUUGGAGCGGUAAGAGGGCACCCGCCUUCAACAGCUGGGGAGGCAAGAGAAGAAAACGGGAAGCUUCCUUCAAUAGCUGGGGUGGGAAACGAGACGCUGCAUUUAACAGCUGGGGUGGGAAAAGGGACGCUGCAUUUAACAGUUGGGGUGGAAAAAGAGACGCUGCUUUUAAUAGCUGGGGUGGGAAAAGGGACGCAGCAUUCAACAGCUGGGGAGGUAAACGGCCAUCAUCUUUCAACAGCUGGGGUGGUAAACGAAACGCGGCAUUUAACAGUUGGGGAGGUAAAAGAAACGCGGCAUUUAACAGCUGGGGAGGUAAGCGAGCAUCAGCAUUUAACAGCUGGGGAGGUAAGCGUGACUCGGCAUUCAACAGUUGGGGGGGUAAGCGGGACUCGGCAUUCAACAGCUGGGGUGGUAAGCGGGACUCGGCAUUCAACAGCUGGGGAGGUAAGCGGGACUCGGCAUUUAACAGCUGGGGAGGUAAAAGAAGCGACGAGUUGAACGACCCCGAAGCUAAGAGGGCGGCUUCCUUCAACAGCUGGGGAGGCAAACGAAACGACGGCCAGCAUGGCGACGGCAAGCGGGCGCCGGCCCCGACCAACGGCCGAGGAGAUAAGCGGAGUGAAGGCGACCGGGGCGAUGAGAAGCGGUCCGCCUCCUUCAACAGCUGGGGCGGGAAGCGGGCCGACGAGGUGGCCGAGUACGCACAGGGGGACGCGCCCUUGGAGAAGAGGGCCUUCAACAGCUGGGGAGGCAAGCGGGCGGCCAUCCUGGUCCCGAGCCUACACAGCCUGUGGGGCAUGCUGGGCCACCGGCCGCGGCCUGCCGUCUGGUCGGCGCGACCCUCCGACAAGCGCGUGCAGUUCAACCCCUGGGGCGGCAAGAAGAGGUCUGCCCCUGCCGGCCCCGCCGACCCCAAGCCCCUGGCCGCGCCCCUGGCAGCGCCCCUGGCAGCGCCGCACUCGGACCUGAGCAAGGAGCAGCCCGUCGACGCCGCGAGCCUCAAGCCACUGCCGCGAGCCAAGAGGGCGCGGGACUACGGCACCAAGCACCUCAGGAAGAACAGGAGGGGCCCCGAGUUCUACGCCUGGGGCGGCAAGAGGAGCGGGCUGCGCCGCUAACGUAGUUUAGGAUGUGCCCCAAGCUUAAGGUGAAUGUUGCUGCUCGUCAGCUGAACAGGCUCUAUGUGAGGAGUACAACACCUACCCACUCUGAUGAAUGCGAUUGAAUGGUACAGCUAUGUGUUGCGUUGAUCGAUCCACCACAAUGCAAGAUAAAUCGUAUGGAAAAAACAAAUAAAUAAUAAUUCUAAUACAUUAAUCAUCAUGAAAGAGUCAAUUGGAGAUUUACUUUGAUUUUGUACUGAAUGCAGCCCACAUUAGCUUGAUGGGUUUUGAGAAGUAGUGUUCUUGUUAAACAUCUUUACUACAUAAGGUUGUCAUAUUUCCAUAAACACAGAGAAGAGUGGUAAUCUUGAGAUAUGUAUUUAUAUAUAAAAUGGAAGGCAAAAGGCAUAAAACAAUAGAAAAUUUGAAAUGAAAUUCUAAUUAUUCUUACCACAUCUAUCUGUAGAUCAAAAUCCAAUAGUGCCUUCUUUUCCUUCUUUUCAAAGGAACUUCAGCAGACAAGUCUUGGCAUAUGCUGUCCUUUAUGUUUAAUUUGCGGAGUUAUGUUCAACACAACAAAUGUGAAAAUUAUAGACACUUUUAACUUUUGACAUAUCACUUCGCUGCAAUAUUUACUAUUUCCCUGAGGUGAUGAUAAAACAAUUGGUGUUCCUCACAGUAUGGCUGGAACUGGGAGGAACGCUAAUCUAUCUAGCCUACAAAUCGGUUUUCAAGUCAUUAAUUGCAAGAAUCUAGAUUCUAAAACAUGAUUUUUCUGGUGUUGCUCUUCAAAUAAGUAUAGUGGAAGCUUUCUUUACUGUGAUGUAAGCAAAUAUUAACAUUCCCCAAGACCGGAGAAAUUUUCACCAUCAUGCUCUAGAUGCUUAUUUUGUCAGCUUGUUCGUUAAAACUGCUCUUGUCUUGUUUAAAAAACAAAAAACAAAAAAAAAUGUUUAAAAAUCAGUGGAUUGAAAAUGUUUAACACAUUUCAGCAACAAGUAACAAGACAGAAAACAUAACUUGCUUUGGUUACAUUGUAUCAUAAUUGGUUUUGGUCUAACGUUAGUUGAUUAUUGAAUAGAGAAAAAUCGUAGGAGUAUGUAAGAGGUAGAAAGAACUGAUAUUUUCUGCUGAAGGACAUGAUGUGAAGUAUAUUAGUUCAGAUGUUCCAGACUAUGAUUUGAUUGAAAAGUUACUUGAUCUCUACUACUCUUACUAUAAGAAAAUUAUUGUAUCAGCCUAGCUUACCAAUGUCAGAGUUGUAAAAAAAACACAAAAAAUAAAGUUUCUGUUAAUUGAAUUAAAA